UUGUCCUCAAAAGGACUUCCUUUCGUCUGUGCCGCGUAUCCGACCGUCCUGAGUCUCGGAUUCGUUCUGUUCGGGAGAUUCUGCGGCGCCAUUCGUUCUCCCUCGAUCUAUCGCUUCUGCCGCGCAACGGGGAGAGAGAGUCUUCUGCGUACAUCUCGCUGCUCUCUCUCCCUUUUGCCGUCGAAGCAGACUUAAACCAUAUCCCAGUGGCACAACAGCUUGUUUUUCGUCUCUAGCAAGCUUAAAGGUCCAUGGUAGGCUUCUCGCCGUCGGCCUCACCGCGUCUCUUUUCCUCGUUUUCGUUCCUUCUCUUUCUCUGCUCCCCUUCCCGACACAUUCUUUGCUGUUUUCCUUGUUCCUCUUUCUCUCAUUUCUUCGUCUUUCCCCACGCUCCGGUCUUCUUCAGCCCGCGAUCGAUGUCCGCGGUCUCUCCUCAACGUCGACUGUGACGAGGUCUUCACGUACCUUUUUGCUCCAGAGCCUCUCGUUUUCUUCUUCUUCUCUCCAACAAUCUUUGUGUCCUCCUGCCUUCCCUCCUCCUCUUGCGACUGUUUCCUAAACAGGUAUCUGCUUCGCACGAUGUCUGAGUUCAACCUGGGGGCUUUGGACCCCCUCGUUUCUUCUCUUCCUGCAGAACACUCUGCCAAUUCUUCUUCCUCCUCCCUCCCCUCUUCUUCCUCUUCUUCCUCUUCUUUCUCUUCGUCUGACGUUUCAGCGAAAGACAAGACAAGAGGAGUGGUAGGAGCUAAGGAAGAGAGGCAAGGGGCUUCUGAGGAGAGGGGAGAACAGGCGGUGCAUGCAGAGAGCGAAGAGGAAGGACGGCAGCGAGAGCGAGAAGGACGCGCGAGAGCCCGCGAACGGUGGCGAGGCGUCCUCGGCUCUGAAGAACUUCUGACAGAAAGAGACGAAGGCGUCCUCGCGAGUUUGGAAACGAAAGAACCUUCCAUUCUAGACGAAGUCUGCAGAUACUGGCUGCACGCUGUCGGAUGCUCCACCACAGACAGAACAGUGGCGCGCCUCGUUUCGGUGUCUGUACAGCUGGCGCUGGAGCACAUCAUCGACGACGCAAAACUGUUUUACUUCUGUCGCCGUGCUGUGGAGGGGAGAGCUCGCGAGAGUUCGCAGGGAAGAGACAGAGGCCCCCGCGGCGGCGGCGCCGGAGGUUUUCCUAGUUCUCUCUUGAGUGUCAAGACACCUGGAGAUUACCGUGAACUGGACCUGGAGAGCUUCUGUCAAGCUUUUCGCAAGAACGGGGACAGUCUGGUUGGACCUAAUCUGGACCUCUUCCUCGACGCUUCUUCUGCCCCCCUUCCGUCGACUAUUUCCUCGUCUCUUUCUUCUUCUUCCCUCUCUGCUGCACCGAGUUCUUCCUCUGCUUCAUCUUCUUCUGCAUCUCCUUAAUGUCCGCGUUCCACUCUUCCGACUCCGUUGCUCGGUCAUCGUCGCCGAGUUUCAUUCCCUCAGUUGUAUUCUCUCUCGUAUAUCUCGACGGUUUCUGCCCUCUUGCUUCUCUUCUUCUCCGUUAUCCUUCUCUCCGCCUUGUGUCCUCGUGUUCUCGCCUCUCGGCGCUUUUUAUCUCCUUUUCUUCUCCCUUGUCUUCUUCGCUUCUCCCUUUCUUCUCUCUCUCUUGUUUCCUUCGUCUCUUCCUCUCCUUUGCGGCUUCGCUCGUCUCCGUCCAUCCGUUUUUUGUCUUUUCCCUGCAUGCCGCUGGCAUUUCCUCCCCUUUCUCGUCCUUCCUGCUUGUCUUCCCGUUCUCCUUGCCGAAGGUGUUCGCAUUUCUCGCCUCCUUUUCUUUCCUUCGUCUGUAAAACUUUCGACUUUUGGCUGCACAGAACGAGUUGUGGGGGAGAUCUGGAGAGAGACCGCUUCUCUUCUUUCUUUCCCCACUGAAGAAGAAGCAAAAGGAGAACACCUACACACUGAGUGGCAUUCCACCUCGAGUGUACGUCCACUUGAGAGCUAUAACUUGCUUGUAACCUUUUCAAUGUCAGUGGACGCCCCUCCAGUUCUUCCUCUCUCUCUAUAAAAAACAUGUACAUAUGGCUAUCCCCUAUCAAUCAUAUGUAUUGAUGUUUUCUGUCUAUCCAAGUGCAUAAAUACAUACAUAUAUAUAUAUAUAUAUAUAUGUAUAUAUAUGUAUUUGUCAUGUAAGUGUACGUAUAUUUGAAUCUACAUAUAUGGGUAGAUGCAUGCGCAGGUCUGCUGAUGUAAGGAAAUUUCCCUGGGGAUUUGGGAAGUUUCUAACAGACUUCGGAUGUCGUUCUUCUUUUUUCUCUUUGCGUUUUCAGGUGCAUGCGUAGAUAGCUUUUUUUUCGACACUUUGUCCUCUCCCUACGCGUUUCAUUUCUUCCACUUUUAUGUCGAUGAGAUCAACUGAGAAAGCACCUAAAGCUUUCAAACGUUCACAGCGCCCUUGUCGUGUUUCAGACUUCUUUCUGUUUUCGACGCUUCUGUUCUCAUCCUGAGUCUCUUGGGUGUCGUUUGCCGGCGGUCGUCACUUUCGCCCCCACUCUUCGUUCUUGCCUGAUUGCCGACCAUAUCCUUUUUUCCCCAUUUCGUCUCUCUAUUCCUCUGUCUGUUGCUUCUUAUGUCUUCCUCUGUCUGGGCUCUCUUCAGUCUAUCGUUUUGCCGGUGUUUCUGCCUCUCCUCCCUGCUUGCUCUCUCUCUCUCUUUCACUUCACUUUUCUCGAUGCUUUUCUUGUUCUCGUCUCUUUCUCUCUGCAAUCCUCCGCGAACACACCGAGCCAGACACGCAGUAGCACUGACGGUAUGGACGCAGACACAGAGUGAUAAGUUCAAGGCGGCGAAGAUAUUUAGCAACGCAAAAGU